AUGGUGCUCCUUACAUCCUCCGCCGUGUCUGUGGCUCUAUCGAGCGGAGUGGUCUGCCUUUUCACAUUUCUGCUCUUCAUGUGCGGAUAUGUAUUGCAACAACAGACAGUUCGGUCCAUACAAGAAGCCUUGAAAAGGCCUCCAGAGCCUAAACCGAUGCCGACACUGCCGCCUUCAUUUCAGAACUCAGACAAUGAAAGUAUUACAGGGGCCCUCGAGCAGCCUGUAAAUUCAGAUUCUGUUAGACUGGGUUAUUCCGGGGCAGAAGAAGUAGAAGAAGCAGCAGAGAAUGUGGUUGCCGUUCAGGUGCCGGUUGAGGCGCAGGCUAAGGAUCAAAACCGGCUUCAAAUGCCUCAAGACUCUUCCACGACGAGCUCAAAAAGUCAGCAAGCACCUGAACAACCAGCACUUGACCAUCUCGCCUACAUGUUCAUUCUUCUAGAGCCCGAAGACCUCUGCUCAACGCUGUUGUUCGCGAAGGAGCACCGGGCUUCUUCACGCCUCGUUCAGGAGCCAUCUAUCGUGCUCAUUUACCCUGCCACAUGGGAAAUCGAGUCGUCUCCCGCAUACAAGUCUGCAUUGAGCUUUAUGCGAGAGGUUCAAGAAAUAUACGGCUUGAUAUACCAUCCUGUGCAAAUCAACAAUGCUUGGGGGACAAAAGCACAGCUCUUGGGAGAAUUGCAAUGGCACCGCUGGGGCUAUGAUCAGGCCCUGUAUCUCCAAUCACCUGGGAUGGUCCUCGACAACAAGGCUCUUGACGCUGCGUUGUCUUCUCCAGUGUCACGGAAGACGUGGGCUGCAGUGGACACUUCCACUGGUAACAAUCCAGAUAUCCUCCUGGUCACGCCGAAAGGUCUGCAGAGUCCUAGGAGGGAAAUGAGGAAUCUUGUGGUUCCUGCAAGACCUGGACAAUCUUUCCAGCCAUCAGAUGCCGCGUAUGCCUGGUUCGAUCAUUCGAACUCCGGGCAGACAAGUCAUGACAAUGUAUGGUAUGAUGAACUGAUACGGAAAUUUGAGCGAGGAGAGAGAUCGGUUUGUGCUGGCAGCGGAUUGUUGUAG